GGCGCACUAACCAGAAAUGGAAGUAUCGAGGUACGUACCUUAGCCAGGGAUCUCUUAAGAUUGGCAUCAACAUCUUCGAUGCAUCAUCUAUUUCCGCUGUUUGGUUCCUACAUCUGUAUUUUAAUACCUCCUACAGCGGUUGUUUUAUUUAUUUAUUCCCGAUUACUUCUCCAUUUCUCCAUUUCUCCUAUCCACGCCCAGAAACAACCGGGGGGGAUCAAUACCCCCGUCUUCGCGCGAUACGAUGCGACGCUCGUCGCGGAUCGCGGCGCGGGACCAGCAGCAUCAGGGCCCGAGUCUAGUUUCGAGCUCACCUCUAAUUCCACCAUCAAAAAAUGUCAAAGAUGCCACAACGGCCCGGCUCGACGCGCCCCGGCUCGCCGUAUCAGCCGGGGCCGGGGGAACGAAGAGGAAGAAGAGGCGCAGGGAGAGCAGUGACGCGUCGGACUACAACGCCACCGCCGACGACGACGCGACGGAGUCUGCCCGCGCGGCCAAGAGGCGCAAACCACGCCCAUCACCACUCCCAACAGGGGCGGCCAGACGUCCCAUCGACGACGCCAACGCCAGGACGCGCAAGAAAGCAGCGCGGGUCGACGAGCAACUCCUGCACGCGCGCAUCUUCGGCAGACCACCACGCGCGCACCUCCCCGCGCCGGGCGGCGACCGCGCACGCCACAGCCUCGCGUACCACCGGCCGCUGCUGCUCGGCGACGGCGGGGCGCGGGAGGCGCUGCUGGCGUGGUUCGACGGGGUGAGCGGGGCGCGGGCGAUGCCGUGGCGGAAGGCGUGGGUGGACCCGGGGGGCAUCGGGGCCGGUAGCGGAAGGGGCUCGGACGCGGAGCAGGAGGGGGAGGAGCUGCGCGAGCGGGUGGCGCGGCGCGCGUACGAGGUCUGGAUCAGCGAGGUGAUGCUGCAGCAGACGCGGGCGGCGACGGCGGCGCCGUACUGGCGGCGGUGGACGGCACGGUGGCCGACGGUGGGCGCGCUGGCGGCGGCGCGGCCGGACGAGGUAGCGGCGGCGUGGCGCGGGCUCGGCUACUACGGCCGCGCGCGCCGCGCCCACGCCGCCGCGCGCCUGGUCGCGGCCGACCCGGAGCUGCGCGGCCUGCUGCCCGCGCGCGCGCGCGACCUCGCCCGCCGCGUCCCCGGCGUCGGCCGCUACACCGCCGGUGCCGUCUCGGCGAUCGCGUUCGGCCGCGCCGCGCCCCUCGUCGACGGCAACGUCCUGCGCGUCCUCGGCCGCCAGACGGCGCUGCGCGCCGACGUCAAGGCCGACCGCGCCGCCGCCGAGGUCCUGUGGGCCGCCGCCGCGCGGCUCGUCCGCGUCGUCGCCGCCGGGCAGGCCGGAGCAGCCGCCGCCGACGACGGCGACGAGGACAGGGACGAGGACGACUUGCCCUUAAGCGACCGCCCCGGCCGCUGGGGCCAGGCCCUCAUGGAGCUCGGGAGCACCGUCUGCACGCCGUUGCCCCGCUGCGGCGCCUGCCCCGUCACCGCGACCUGCCGCGCUUACGCGGAGGGCCUGCGCCGCGCGCGCCGCGCGAUCGGGGGCCGGAAGGCGGCGAAGGGGAAGGGACCCGGCGCUGCUGCGUCGCGGCGGAAACAGCAUCGGCAAGUCAUCAGCGUUGACAUCGAGGACGCGUGUACGCUGUGUACGCCGCUCGAGGACGAAGAGGAGGAGGAGGAGGAGGGAGGGGGAGGGGCCGACGUGGACCCGAGCGCAUCUCCCCCGCGCGAGACCCAGUCCUCGGUCACGUCGAGGGCACCGUCCGCAUCGACGGACCGGAUCCGGGCGGCGCUGCGGCCCUUCGCGUUCGCGUUCGCGUCCGCGCCGACGGGGAAGCGAGGAACAGCCGACGCAGAACAAGAACAGCAAGGAGCAGAAGAUGAAAAGGAUGAAGAAGAAGAGCAGAAGAUACCCGACGCCGCGACGCUGCGUGCCAUCGCGGCCUACGCGCGCGGGUUCCCGGCGCCGGCGGCGAAGAAGGCGGUGCGCGAGGAGGAGACGGUGGUGUGCGUGAUCUCCAGACGGCGACGGCGGGGCGGUGAGGGGCUAGAAGGAGGAGAAGAGGAGGAGGGAGAUGGUGGAGGAGGAGAGCGCCAGUUCCUGAUCCGUCGGCGGCCGCUGAAGGGCUUGCUGGCUGGCAUGUGGGAGAUGCCGAGCUGCACGCUGCCGGCGGUGGCGGGGGGCGAGGACGGGGAGGAGAGCGGAGAGGGUGAGGGUGAGGGGAAGGAGGACGGGGACGGGGACAGCGACCGAGAUGAGAGCGCGGAUGCGAGAUCGCCUGGGAGAGGAGGAGGAGGGAGGAAGCGUGGGAGGGGCGUUCAGAAGAAAAAGAGGGAGAAGAAGGGGAAGGGCAGCAGCAGCAGCGCCCACACGCCCGAGGCGCGCGGCCGCGCGGCCCGGCGCUACGCGGCGGAGACGCUGCGGCUGGCGGCGGGGUCGCGGUCGGCGCUGGCGCACGCCGGCGAGCUGGCCAGCGUGCCGUGGCAGUUCUCGCACCUCAGGCUGACGAUGCACGUGCACCUGUUCGAGCUGCGGGGGCGGGCGGGUGACGAUAACGCAGAAGAUGAUGGAGAGGGGGACGCGGGAAGCACGGCGCAGAGCCGCUGGGCCGACGCCGCCGCCCUCGACGCCGAGACCAUGGGCUCCGGCAUGCGCAAGUGCUGGGCCCUGGCCAAGGAGGCGUGCGGGAUCCGCGAUUAGGAGGGCUCCGGGAGGAGAGGGGCUGCUACGGGUGCGGGGGAGAGGUGGCGCGGCGGAUGCGCCGUUAAUUAUCUACCUGCCAUGCCAUCGCCGAUGUCUGUCUCCUUACGCGGUGGCGCGCGUGUCCGUAAGCUAACUCGCUCGCUUUAUUUCUGUAAACGUCGCGGCCGCGUACUGAAUACGAGGAGCUCUCCUCGAACAGCAGCAUAGCCGGCCUUCUAGUCUAUGGUAGAGUAGGAAAAGGAGCCUCGGGCCGUAGGUGUUGGGUCGUUCUCACAUACUCAAUCUACUCCUCUAACAAUAGGCUACUACUCGUCUACGGAUAGGUACGCAUUAUACCCGGUUCA